AUGGCUGUGGUGGAUCCAGCUCAGAUGCCGGUGACCUUUGAGGAUGUGGCUGUAUAUUUCAGUGAGGGGCAGGGAGCUCUGCUGGACCCCAGUCAGAGAGCUCUCUACAAGGACGUCAUGCAGGAGAAUUAUGAGAUGGUGACCUCGCUGGCAGGACUCCCCAUUCCCAAACCUGACCUGAUCGCCCGGCUGGAAGCAGGGGAAGAGCUGUGGAUCCCGGAUCGCCAGGCCUCCAAGGAAAGCAACAUCCAAAGAGGCAUCCGCACAGGCAAUGACUCCUGCCUGGAUUCUCUCUCUCCCCCAGCAGGUGAUGAGACAAAGAGUGAGAACGAGGAGGAGAAUCCACAGCAGGAAGGUCUUGAGAAAGUAGAACUUCAGGGGAGGUUUUUGAGAAGAGCUGAAGGGAAUUUUUCCCAGUGCUUGGAACAGAGAAAAACCUGGAGUAAUUGGCACAGGUCAGAGAGGAACCUGGGAAACCACCGAAGGAAGAAAAUGGAUGAAUCCAUUGAAUAUGGGGGAGGAGGCAAGAAUUCCAAGGAAACCACAGCCCAGCAGACAAAUCUCAAGGAAAAGAAACCCUAUAAAUGUUUGGAUUGUGGGAAAAGCUUCAGUCAGCGCUCAGUCCUUACUAACCAUGGAAGAAUCCAUACAGGAGAGAGACCCUAUAAAUGCUUGGAUUGUGUGAAAAGUUUUAAUUGGAGCUCAAAUCUUACUACCCAUCGGAGACUGCACACGGGAGAGAGACCUUAUAAAUGCCUUGAGUGUGGAAAAAGCUUCAGCCAUCUCUCAGGCCUUAAUAACCACAGGAGAAUACACAUGGGAGAGGGACCAUAUAAAUGCUUUGAGUGUGGGAAAAGUUUCAGUGUACCAUCAGCCCUUAAUAUACAUCAGAGAACCCACAUGGGAGAGAAACCCUAUAAAUGCUUGGAUUGUGGGAAAAGCUUCAAUUGGAGCUCAAAUCUUACUACCCAUCGGAGACUGCACAUGGGAGAGAGACCAUAUAAGUGCCUUGAGUGUGGGAAAAGCUUCAGUCAGCGCUCAGGCCUUACUAGCCAUAGCAGAAUCCACACAGGAGAGGGACCAUAUAAAUGCCUGGAGUGUGGGAAAAGUUUCAGCGCACCAUCAGCCCUCAUUAUACAUCAGAGGACCCACACAGGAGAGAAACCCUAUAAAUGCUUGGACUGUGGGAAAAGCUUCAGUCAACGCACACACCUUAUUAGCCAUAGGAGAAUCCACACAGGAGAGGGACCAUAUAAAUGUCUUGAGUGUGGGAAAAGUUUCACAGUACCAUCAACCCUUAUUACACAUCAGAGGACCCACACGGGAGAGAAACCUUAUAAAUGCUUGGACUGUGGGAAAAGCUUCAGUCAGCGCUCAGUUCUUAAUACCCAUCAGAGAACCCACACAGGAGAAAAACCUUAUAAAUGCUUGGACUGUGGGAAAAGCUUUAGUCAGCGCUCAGUCCUUAUUAAUCAUGGAAGAAUCCACACAGGAGAGAGACCCUAUAAAUGCUUGGACUGUGGGAAAAGCUUCAGUCGGAGCUCAAAUCUUGUUACCCAUCAGAAACUGCACACGGGAGAGAGACUUUAUAAAUGCUUGGAGUGUGGCAAAAGAUUCAAUCGGAGUUCAAAUCUUGUUGCCCAUCGGGGACUGCACACGGGAGAGAGACCAUAUAAAUGUUUGGACUGUGGGAAAAGCUUCAGUCAGCGCUCAGGCCUUAUUAACCAUAGGAGAAUCCACACUGGAGAGAGAUCCUAUAAAUGCUUGGACUGUGGGAAAAGCUUCAUUCGGAGGUCAACUCUUACUACUCAUCGAAGACUGCACGUGGGAGAGAGACCGUAA